CCUUGACAGCCGCAGCUUGUCGAAAGCAUUAUAUUUUACUGCGCAUAGCACGAGGACAUUUACCCAGUUAUGGUGAAAAUUCCCAGUACAAAGCAAAUGAACCCGCCUGAUUUGGGGGAAUGAAUUUUGGAAUCAUUAAGGUUCUAACGAUUGUUUCUUUCACCAUUAUAAAGACAAUGAAUGCUAUGUGGCAUGAUAGUACAUGGGAUCCUGCUUGGGACACUUGGUGGCAUUAUAAAGAAGGUGUAAUAGGAGUAUACUAUGCCGGGAUUGGACAAGUAAAAUACAUCUUGUUCACUGAAUCAUACUAAAUUGGUGUCAAAAGUUUUCCAAACCAUAAAGUCCUUUGAUGGUCAGGAUGCGUUCAAACAAUGACGUUUCACCCACAUGAUCUGUAUUUAUAAUUCUACUCCCUCGAGGACACAGAUUUUGAAAGAACAGCUUCAUAGAAAAAUGUGUUGUCCUGCUUUCUUGUCUUUAUAACUAUUUUGCAUUAUUGGAUACAAUGAGGAAAGGUUUAUCAGUUUGGAUAAUUCGAGUAACUGACUAAAACUUUUAAAGCAUGUAUGAAAAUUAAAGUUUUCCCAUUGAUUUUAAGGUCCAAGUCACUGGGGGCAAACUGCUUUCAUGGCUAUGGCUAAUGAUGUUUGGCCAGCAUGUUAUCAGGGUAAAAUGCAAUCGCCAAUCAGCAUUUCUACAAAACACUUGGUAUUCGACUCGAACUUGACACCGCUAAAAAUGUCAGGCUCGGAUAAACAAAUUGAUGUGGAAAUAGUGAAUACUGGUCAAGAUUUACAGGUGAAAAUUCUUGAUUCAACAACAUCAGUUAUAUUCAGUGAAGGUCCAUUAGUGUAUGAUUAUAAACUUUUUGGUGCGCUCAUAAAGUUUGGUUCAAGAUCAGAUCGUGGUUCAGAUCAUCAAAUAAAUGGUGUUGCUUUUCCGGCUGAGUUACAGCUAUAUGCUUUUAAUUUUGCCUUAUAUCCAAAUUAUUCGGUUGCACUUUCAAAACCAAAUGGUUUGGCCGUGGUCUCUAUCUUUCUGAAAAUUGGUGGACAUACAUCAGCUGAUAUGGCGGCUUUAUUAUCCACAGCUGAACAAGUGCAACUCAAAGGACAAUUGAAGAGAUUGAAUGGACUAAUACUGGAUGCUAUUGUACCAUCGAUGCUUCAGUAUAUGACAUAUCAAGGUUCUUUGCCUUUUCCGGCUUGUUAUGAAACGGCAACAUGGAUUGUACUCAACCAACCUAUUGUAAUCACCGAAACACAGUUGAAAUCACUUCGCCAACUUAGAAUUGCAUCAUUCCAAGGAUCUGGAAGCAUGGCUGACAAUUAUCGGACUGUUCAGAAGCUGAAUAAUCGUUCAGUACGAACAAACAUAGACUUCUCAAAAGCCCAACCGUACUGUUCAGCGCAAUCUGAAAGAUCAUAUAUUGCAAUGUUACCCAGUGGACUUGGUCAACUCUAAAAUGUUACAAAAAUCAGCCUGAAAUACACAGGAAAAAAAAUAUAUAUACAUAUAUAUUCACACAUUCCGCAUGCUUUCAGAAAAUAUAAUAUUUUUGAUGUAUAUCACAAAUUGACAAUGAGAUAAUGUUCUUCGGUGUUGACUAUCCUGUUUUUUUAUUCACAGUAACAGAAUCACAGAAAAUCAUAAUUAUUCACCUUCAAUAUAAUAAAAAUCUUUUUGGAAGUGUAUUCACUCAAAUAUUUGAACAUAGUUGCCUACCUCAUUUUUAUUAGGUAGUGUACAAUAAUUAAUUACUAUUUGUCAACAAAGCAUAAAUCAGCAUAUCUAUUUGCAGAUUUUACUACUUUUUCCAAAAUUAUUAUGAUCAUUAUCGGUGAUGAAAAGUGAAAUUUCAGUGUACAAAGGGAAAAGGAAUAUAUGAAAUCAUGGAAUAUGGAUUAUAAUAUUCAGUCUUCAUCUAUGUACAUAACUCUUAUACAAUGUAUAGUGAGUUAUCAAGUUAAAACUAAAUAUAUACAAAAUAUUAUUAUGGAACAUUUGAUUAUUUUGAUAUUGGAGUAAAAUAAUUUUGUCAUGGAAAAGGAGACUAUGAUUUGUCAUUCAUUCAACUUGUCAAAUGUCAAACAGAAUCACUCACUACACUAAUGAUGUCACCAGUUUUACAAAUAAAAAAUAUUUGAUAAAUAAAAUUCCAGCCUCAUAAA